GUGGGGCUUGUUCGUCCUAUGAUCGAGCGCAUGGAUACAAACAUGCGGGAAGCGAUUACUACCCAGGAAAGGGUAUUAAUCGCGUUGCGUUAUAUGGCAACUGGCGAAACGUUUACAGGCCUGCAGUAUAUGUUUCGUGUGUCUCGUCCAUGCAUUGCCCAAAUAGUAAUGGAAGUGUGUAAAUGCAUUCGAGAGGCUCUACGUGACUAUGUUAAGACGCCGUGUUCGCGACAUGAAUGGCUCGAUAUUUCUGAGCAAUUUGAACGACGCUGGAACUUUCCACAUGCAAUUGGUGCCAUCGACGGCAAACAUGUCCGUAUUCGAAAACCCAAUCACGGCGGCUCUGAAUAUUUUAAUUACAAGGGUUUUAAUAGCAUUGUGUUAAUGGUUGUAGUUGAUGCUAACUACAAUUUCCUGUGUGCUGAUGCUGGAGGCAAAGGAGGCAUUUCUGACGGUGGAAUUUUUAAAAACACUCGAUUAUAUCAAAAAUUCGAGAACAAACAGUUGAAUAUUCCGGAGCCGAAGCCAUUGCGUGUGCCGUAUGCAAUAGACGUUCCGUAUUUUAUACUCGGCGAUCAGGCGUUUGCAUUUACGGAUUAUUGUAUCCGUCCAUUUCCUGGGACACAUGCAUCGGGCAGCAUUGAACGCGUGUUCAAUUAUCGUCAUUCUCGUGGCCGUACGGUUGCCGAAAAUGCUUUAGGCCACAUAUCCAAUCGGUUCUGGAUAUACCAAACCCCAAUUCAACUUCAACCAGAAAAAGCUACUGAAGUUGUACUAACUACAAUUUAUUUGCAUAAUUUUCUCUGCAAAAGAUCGUCAAGAACUUUGUAUGCUCCUGCAACGGCAUUUGAUAGAGUUGUUGACGGGAGGCUUGUGGCAGGUGAUUGGAGGAGUAAUGACACGUUGGCUCCUUUAGAGUAUUUUUCAUCCCGGCCUUCUAAUACACUGAGAGAUAUACGUAUUCACAUGGCUAAGGACUUCGUGAACAACAAUCGUUUAAGAUAA